AAAAUUUUAUCAUUGUGACAACGUUAUUCUUAGGUCACUACUAACAAUUUGGUUUAAGUAAAAGCGAUGGCCGAGAGUGAAUCUAAAUAUUCUGAAUUACUGACGAAUGAUUUUGCAAAAUGGUUUUGGGAUGGGACUAACGGAAAUGACUUAGUCCGAUAUCUAAAUUGUUAUGCUCGCAACAGUGGUUUGUCGGAUCGCAUUGGCCGAGAGAACACUCCUUCCGUUGUUUAUGCCAUAGUGGUGAACAAUUUUCCUUUUCCAGAGAGUGUUGACCUGAAGUUAGUUAAUGUUGGUUUUACUCAACAGAGUACGAAACAGAAUUCUAACAAUCGAAUGGAGCAAUUAAUGAAGGAAAUUGAGUCGGUGAUUAAAGAAUCGGGAAAAAAUGCAUGUGCCUCAACGUUACUUGUGUUGCCAAUCGCUAGCGUUGACACCACAUCCCCUCGCCAGACGUGCGAUCGAAUAAGAAAAAAGUUUGGUAAACCAGUAAACAAAGAAAAAGCACAGAAUCUCAAUCUACCUGUACCUACAACGUGGAUCCUGACCACCCAGAAACUCAUUGACCAGAUCAGAGGUUUGAUAAAAAAAUAUAAGAAUGAAAAUCUCAAUGAUGUGAUCGAUAUUUUUAAGGAUCUCCCACUCGAACCAAGUUUUAAGCUACCUGAACAGUAUAAAGAUUGGGUACAAGUUGAACAGCAAACGAAGAAAACUUAGAAGAGCGAAAAAUGAACUGAAUAAGUAUCAUGAAUGAACAAAUAGACUGUCAGUGAGCGUAGCUCGCUCGCUUGUUUUUAGUCCUUGUCAACGAGUGCAUAAUAAAAGUCGUACAAACGAA